AUGAAAAUAUUUAUCCCAGCCAAGCUGGUUCUUAUGGGGCAAUCUAGUAGCUCUGGAUUUCCAAUCAACAAUCUUCCCACAGAGACCCAGGACUAUAUCUACGGACUAGCUUUGACUCCAAGAAACGUUAUAAUCCGCGAUGUUUACGUACCAUCCACCUCAUGGAGAGGUUACAGGGUAGAUAAUACCUACACUCACCCGCCAACCUCCCAGGUGAAUCAGGUUGCUCGAGCUAACGCCGAACGUCUCUACGAACGAAUCCUAGAAGGUACUAACGGAGAACCACCAGAUUAUGAAUCAUACAUAUGGUUCAAUGAUGAAAUGGACACACUGGGAGUUCACCCUUACGUAAUGACGCUAAGAAGUCGGCAUGGUCAAAUUACACCCCGCUCUCGCGAUCCAUGGGCACCUGCAAUGUCCCUCAAAAAGCUGAAAGACCUACUAAACCAUGAAGGAAACUUUUUAGAUAGUGUACAGAAAAUUGCUAUUGGCCAGUUUUACUGGAACUUCGAAACCGGAAACACUGCACGUGGAUUAGCAGGCGAUCACUCACGAGAAGCUUUCGAAGCCGCAGUCCAGUACGGAUUUCGAAACUUACGAGAGCUGAAGUUGGCUUACCAACGCAAUGCAUCUCCUUACUCGAGUAAUGACGAAAAUACCAUUACUCGCCAGAUUCAAGACAUGUUCUUGACCGAGCAAAGGCAUACAGAAUGUUUGGUUCCUAGAAUCAUUUUCAUGGAACACAAUUCCCCUGGUGCCCCAAAUUUUUAUAUGACAUAA